AUGCGGAUCGAUGAGGAGGAGGACGAAAAUAUUGCGGACGAAGCGGCCGGUAUGCUGCUUGCUGCUGCCGAGGAAGAGGAGCACGAAUUUGGAGCAGCUGGAGCUGGCGACGAUGGCGGCCGUGGAUCCCAGGCACUCAUUGCGAACGGAUCGAGCGGUGGUGGAGGAGGAGGAAGUGCUGCUGCUGUUGCUACUGGGCGCCACACCAUCGUUGAAAUGGUAAUUCAUUUUUUAUGCUUUUUCUUUUCAUUGAAAAAAUUUCAAAUUUUAAAUCUCAUAAUUUUGUGCUUUUUAAGCUACACCGAUGAAAAAAGUCGGCUUUGUCACUCUGGUGAAAUGAUCUGUGUUUUAUAG